AUGUCGCUGCUCAUUCCCCCUGUUCCUCCUCGCUUCUUCGUCUCCCCUUCCAACUCCAAGCUCGCCUCAUCAUUCCCCUCCCGCUUCGUCGGAGUUCGAGCCAACGCCGCACCGUCGUCGACUGAUAGGAAACCUAGAAGGAGGAAGAAGCAGACACAACAGCAGCAAACCGAUGCUGAUCCUUCUUUCGGUUCCUACGCCGUCGCGUCCGCCGCCGAGAAGUCCCUCCGCUUCGCAUUCAUGGAGGAGCUCAUGGACCGCGCCAGGAACCGCGACGCCUCCGGCGUGUCGGAUGUAAUCUACGACAUGAUUGCUGCUGGGCUCAGGCCUGGCCCGAGGUCGUUUCAUGGCCUCGUCGUCGCCAAUGUCCUCAACGGCGACCAUGAAGGCGCGAUGCAAUCGUUGAGAAGAGAAUUGAGCGCGGGGCUUCGCCCUCUUCACGAAACCUUCAUUUCUUUGGUAAGGUUGUUUGGCUCCAAAGGACAGGCCACCAGAGGUUUGGAAAUUCUUGCUGCCAUGGAGAGCUUAAAAUAUGAUAUUCGGCAAGCUUGGAUAAUACUUGUUGAGGAGCUUAUUAAGCAGAAAUAUAUGGAGGAUGCGAACAAGGUGUUCUUGAAGGGUGCCAAAGGUGGUCUUCGAGCUACCGAUCAGCUCUAUGAUCUUAUCAUCGAGGAAGACUGUAAAACUGGGGAUCAUUCAAAUGCCCUAGAUAUUGCGUACGAAAUGGAGGCGGCGGGCCGAAUGGCUACUACUUUCCAUUUCAAUUGCCUUCUAAGUGUACAGGCUACUUGCGGAAUACCUGAAAUAGCUUUUGCUACAUUUGAGAACAUGGAAUACGGAGAAGCUUAUAUGAAGCCUGAUACAGAGACAUAUAACUGGGUGAUCCAAGCAUAUACGAGAGCUGAGUCAUAUGAUAGGGUUCAAGAUGUUGCUGAAUUGCUUGGAAUGAUGGUUGAAGAUCACAAACGUGUGCAACCUAAUGUGAGAACUUAUGCGCUGUUAGUGGAGUGCUUUACCAAGUACUGCGUCAUACGGGAAGCUAUGCGACAUUUCCGCGCACUUAAGAAUUUUGAUGGAGGGAUGCAAGUUUUGCAUUGCGAAGGGAACUUUGGGGAUCCACUUUCUCUGUAUUUGCGAGCAUUAUGUCGAGAAGGUAAGAUCAUUGAGUUGCUUGAAGCUUUGGAAACUAUGGCAAAAGAUGGUCAACCUAUUCCUGCAAGAGCCAUGAUACUUAACAGAAAGUAUCGAACAUUAGUUAGCUCCUGGAUCGAACCUCUGCAAGAAGAAGCAGAGCUUGGCUACGAAGUUGAUUAUGUCGCAAGGUAUGUUGCAGAGGGCGGACUCAUUGGUGAACGUAAAAGAUGGGUGCCUCGAAGAGGGAAAACUCCUCUAGAUCCUGACGCCGAUGGAUUCGUAUAUUCAGGGCCCAUCGAGACAUCCUUUAAGCAAAGAUGCCUUGAGGACUGGAAGUUAUACCAUCGAAAACUUUUGAAAAUGUUGCGGAAUGAGGGACCUGCUGUUCUGGGGGAUGCAUCUGAAUCUGAUUAUCUAAGAGUUGAAGAGCGACUAAGGAAAAUAAUUAAGGGUCCAAACCAAAAUAUUCCCAAGCCCAAGGCUGCCAGUAAGAUGAUAGUAUCUGAAUUGAGGGAAGAAUUGGAAGCUCAAGGACUACCUACUGAUGGAACUAGGAAUGUUUUGUAUCAGCGCGUGCAAAAAGCAAGGAGAAUAAACCGCUCUCGUGGGCGGCCUCUCUGGGUUCCUCCAGUAGAGGAGGAGGAAGAAGAGGUUGAUGCAGAGUUGGAUGAACUCAUUUCGAGGAUCAAGCUUCAAGAUGGAAAUACUGAGUUCUGGAAGCGCCGGUUCCUUGGAGAAGGCUUGAACUCUGAUCCAGUUAAGCCUAUUGACACUGAUGAAUCAGAAUCAGCAGAAGUUUUGGAUGAGGUGGAUGCGGGAGAUGAUGUUGCGGAUGAGGCUGAAGAUGAGGAAGCCGCUGAUGAAGAUGAGGAAGUAGAAGAAGUGGAAGUUGAAGUUGAAGUAGAAGAAAGUGAGAACCAAGGUGUCGACAGAGUGGUGAAGCAGAAGGAAGCUGAGGCUAAGAGGCCUCUUCAGAUGAUCGGUGUCCAACUUUUGAAGGAUUUUGAUCAGACAUAUGUAUCAAAGAAAUCAAAAAGGUCUGCUAGAGCGUCUGUGGAGGAUGACAAUGAUGAAGACUGGAUUCCUCUAGAUCCAUUCGAGGCAUUCAAGGAGUUGAGGGAACGGAAAGCUUUUGACGUUGAUGACAUGUAUACGAUUGCUGAUGUAUGGGGCUGGACGUGGGAGAGAGAACUAAGGAACAAGUGUCCACAGAAGUGGUCACAGGAAUGGGAAGUGGAGUUGGCAAUUAGACUAAUGCAAAAGGUGAUAGAACUGGGAGCAAAACCAACAGUUGGAGAUUGUGCGAUGAUCCUGCGUGCAGCGAUAAGGGCUCCUAUGCCUUCGACUUUCUUGCAGAUCUUACAGAUCACACACGGUUUGGGUUAUAUAUUUGGGAGCCCCCUAUACGACGAAGUAAUCGCUGUGUGCAUUGAGCUGGGAGAAAUAGAUGCUGCAAUUGCCAUCGUCGCAGACAUGGAGACUUCUGGAGUAGCAGUUCCCGACCAGACGAUAGACAGGGUUAUUGCUGCUAGACAGGCGGCUGACGAGAUCUACGACAAUGCUGCAAAUGAUGAUUCAACAUCAUGA